GGCACUACAUGUAUAUUGAGACUUCAGCCCCAAGGGUAGCUGGUAACAAAGCAUGGCUUGUCAGUCAACAGUUUAACCCCUCUAAGACUACACAGUGUAUUUCUUUCUGGUACCAUAUGUAUGGAACAACUAUUGGCUCUUUAAAUGUGUAUCUCAAUGCAUCUGGAAGCAUGACACAAUUGUGGACCCAAACUGGGAACAAGGGAAUUAACUGGUUACAAGGACAGUUCCCAUUACAGCCAGUUAACUCCCUUUACAUGAUAUACUUUGAAGGGGUUAGAGGAUCAUCAUAUUCAGGAGAUAUUGGUUUAGAUGAUUUCACGUUUUCACAAUCAUCCUGUGGCUACCAACCAUCCAAUGGAAAGCCUGGCAAGAUUAGCACCACUCCACAAUCUAGUACUGUGUUACCAACAUUCCAAUCUAAUUCCAAGUAUGACUGUAGUUUUGAGACUGGUAGCUUGUGUACAUGGACACAAGAUACCACUGAUAACUUUAACUGGACAUUAUCUCAGGGACCUACAGGCACCAUGCUUACUGGACCAAUAGCUGAUCAUACCACAGGCACAGAUAAAGGAUGGUAUAUCUAUGUUGAAACCUCAUCACCAAGGAAACCUAAUGAUAAAGCUCGGCUUUUGUCUGCACAAGUUCCAAGCAGAAAUGCAUACUGUCUGAAAUUCUGGUACCAUAUGUAUGGACCUCAUGUAAAUGCACUCAACAUCUACAAAAAGACAAGUUCUCUGGGAUCACCAAUCUGGACUAAACUAGGCACACAGGGUAACCAAUGGAAAUCUGGACAAGUUAAUAUCCCUGCAUCUACUACAAACUACAAUGUUGCCAUUGAAGGUGUGGUUGGGCCUGGUUACCGUGGUGAUAUAGGGAUUGAUGAUAUACAUAUGGUACCCGGAGCUUGUCCAAAUCAAGGUGGAGUAGCUUGCUCAUUUGACACUGAUCUUUGUGGAUGGGCUCAGAGUAAAUCGGAUGAUUUUGAUUGGACACAGCGAGCUGGUUCCACCUCAUCUAGUGGAACCGGUCCCACUAACGAUCACACUACAAAUACUCGCUCAGGUUCCUACAUAUAUAUUGAAUCAAGUUCACCAAGACGACCAGGACAGAAGGCGUGGCUAGUCAGUCGUCAGAUUGGCUUUACCUCACCACAGUGUCUGAACUUUUACUACAACAUGAAUGGUAAACAUAUAGGUAGCCUGAAUGUGUAUGUGAAGACUGGAGCUAUGUUACCUUCAGCCCCAGUCUGGUCACUAUCUGGACCUCAGGGACCACAAUGGGCAUUAGGCCAGGCUACAGUGAGAGCUAACAUACCUUACAGGAUUGUGUUUGAAGGUGUGAUAGGAAAUGGUUACCAGGGUGAUAUAUCUAUAGAUGAUAUCAGUAUGACAAACUCAGCAUGUAAACUACCAGGAAAUUGUGAUUUUGAGGGAGGUCUGUGUACAUGGACUAACCCAGGUGGUAUAGAUAAUUUUGACUGGGUGCUGGGACGUGGUUCAACAGCUUCACAACUUACAGGACCAUCUACUGAUCAUACUCUUGGAAAUGCAACUGGACAAUACGUAUUUAUUGAGGCAUCAGCUCCAAGAAAGCCUGGAGAUAAAGCUGAUCUUAAAAGUUUAAAGUUUGCCCCUACCCAGCCUAAAUGUGUGAAUUUCUGGUUCAACAUGCAUGGUAGUAACCUUGGAAGCCUUAGUGUGAAAGUGGUACCAGCAAAUAAUACCAACAGUAGUACAACAAUAUGGCAAUUAGGACAAGACAAGGGCACAGCAUGGAUCAAUGGACAAGUUGCCUUCUCAAGCAAAGUGCCGUUCUAUAUUAUAUUUGAAGCUGUGAGAGGCAAUGGUUACCAAGGUGACAUCGCUCUUGAUGAUAUAUCAUUUACAAACUCUCCAUGCUUGAGUAAGUAAUAAUACUUCACCUAC